AGCCCGAGCCAGCUGGAGACCCACCGGCGGGUGCACACGGGAGAACGACCCUUCAACUGCUUGGAGUGCGGCACGAGCUUCACCCGCUACGACAGACUGCUGCGGCACAACCGCAUGCACUCCGGCGAGAGGCCUCUCGCCUGCUCCGACAGCGGCAAGAGCAUCAAAGCGAUGGGCAAGAAGCUGUUCGGCUGCUCCACCUGCGGCAAGAGCUUUGCCCGGGUGUCGGGGCUGCGGCUGCACCUGCGGGUGCACAGCGGUGAGUGGCCCUUCACCUGCUCCGACUGCGGCAAAGGCAUCAACUCGUCGCCAGACCUGUUGAUGCACAGGUCACGGUGCAGCCGGUCUGCGGCCGCACUCACCACAAUGCCCAGGGCAGGGGACCGAGACCAUCACCUCCACCACAAAGCCUAG